GACGGAGCUGAAGUCAAAUUUCAACCCUGUUCGGUCGGCACAAGGAACGCUGGUGGAGCGCUCCAACUUGGAGGAGGAGAAAGAACAGAGAACGUGGAGAUAACAGGGUUUAAUCUGUGGAAUAGAAUACUCACGGAAUCAGAGAUUGCCGAGGAAGCUAAUAAGUGUGAUGGAGGCAUGGGUGGUCCAAUUGUGAAAUGGAGAGAGUUCUAUAAGAAGUCACUUAGGAGGAAUUUUAUAAGAGAGUUGUCUCAGUGUGUAGUUUCUGGAGGUAAAUAUCUCAGCGCCUUUGACUUUGACUGAACGUGUGAAGCUCUUAAAAACUAUUGGAUCACUCGUCCCUCUUAAAUUGGUUAAAUUCCAACAUGUUACCAUGGACGUUACCAAGGCCAUUGUGAUACAUGUUUAUGUAUUCAGUUCAAUUAAUUGUAGGACACUUUACUCUCACAGCAGCCGUUACCUGGGAGUAUCUGUGAGUACCAGUGCAAGGACGCUUCCUUGGGCUGCGACUGCACUGCCGUGCAGUGAUGGGAGAGUAGUCUUUUAGGACUAACACAAGUAGUAUUUAUAUAACUUACAGCCAAAGCUCAGCAAAGUUCUCUAAGGCACGGCAUUCACGGAAAGCAGCUUCUUUAUAAAGUAUAGUUCUCAUAGUUAUAGCUUAAUCCUUUCGCAAAUAGCUGUUGAUGGUGGCUACACUGGAUGGUCAGUGGUUUCUGAGUGCACUGCCACAUGUGGUGGAGGUACCAAGACUCUCGUCAGGACCUGCAACAAUCCUCCCCCAGCGAGGGGUGGGAAGGACUGUAAACACCUUGGGGCAACCAGGGAGACACAGGAGUGCAAUACACAACCUUGCCGUAUGUUCUAUUAUACAUACAUUCAUGAUUUCUACCUUUCUCUCUAUUCAGUAACUAACGUGAUUUCAAAUAUCUUUUAGUUUUUCUAUACACCCACAGCUACAACCGCGCCAUACGUUUUAUUCUCUAUUCAACAUAUACCUUUUUUACACGCAUGAUUUCAUAUUGUUUUUAACUUGAUGAGUUGGUUUCAAUUCUCCUUUCCAUAUCCACAACCAGUAAUAUCAAUAAUAACCAAGGUUAUUUCAAUCAAAGUUUUUUCAGACCCACUGCACAUCAUAGUUGAGGCUAUAAACAAAAAUUUUGGAUGGGGACUAUACUGAAUGGCUUUCAUUAAAAAAGUUUUACCUGAGAUAAUUUCAGCGUUCAAUAUUUUGCGUGACGUACGGUCAGUGCUCGUUGACUACGGAAAAAAUACUCAGCCUAUCCCCUUCCAACGGUCUACUGUAAUUUACUCACUAACUUCAAACCCGUUUUCCGCUUUUUCAACUAGCUCGUCCGUUAUCCCCGUCUUUUGACGUCCGAAUCGUCUAUGGUGGUAUUGAGAGGAAUCAGCUGAAGAUAAGACCGGACGAUGUCUCUCCUGACGUGACGCAGCUGACAAUGUGCAUGUGGCUGAAGCUUCAAACUACAGGGGAUUGGAAAAAUGACGUUAAUAACAUGGAUUUAGCAGCAUACCGUACAUAUAGUAGGGAUGUUAUUUACGUCAAACUCUAUGGCGAACGUAAAGGCGGCAUGCGUUUGUACGUUUUCAUGCUCACAUUGCAUGCUUCAUCGACAUUUUGGUAAGCAUGUCUCUAAGUCAUGUCUCCCUAGCAAUACGAAUAAUCAAGUAUGUUGCAUUUGUUUAUUAUUGCAAUUGAAGUGAAAAGCGAGGCCAUUAGCUAUAAAACUGACUACGACCAUCCUACCAUUGCUAAAGUAUAAAAGACAAAACCAUUGCUUGACACUUAUUCCUGUGUCUUUACGAAGCCAGUUUAAGACUGAGCAACCAGAGCACCGUAAGACAGUUAAGCUAGCAAACAGAUAUUUCGACAAGCACUACGUGUCGAUAUUGUGUGCACCUAUUUUAUUGUUGCUAGGUAACACUAUAACAUGCGCAGAGCGAGGACAACCGUGUGCUUAGCCAAAUGACUAACUUUGUACAUCUCGAUUUGUUGUUGUUUUAAAAUAAACUUAGUUGAGAUUUCAAGACACACUAUUUGAGUCACCCUGCUUCGGGUUGGAUGAGUGUUAGCUCUAAAUUGAGUAUACAGAGUUUCUUGUACAAUUUCACUUUUUAAUUUGGCACAUGUGGAGACUGAAACGUUACGCAGUAAAGUGUUUCUCUGGUGAAUUUGUCUUUGCCCGAGCAAAUCAGCAUAUGUCUUUUGAUUAACCUUUUAUUUUUUUCCCAUUCCUUUUCCUGACAGCUAUACGAAGGGUACAGUCAAAGAGCUCGAUGAUCAUCAUUGGCAUCAUGUUUGUAUGGCCUGGGAUGGAAACGCACGAACAAUUAAAUACUUCAAAGAUGGCAACUCGAUUCCGUCAGACGAUGAUUGUCAAGCACAGGAUAAAUUAAAAGGAAAUCCAAAAUACCUAACUGUAGGGUAUAGUAGGAGAAAACUUGGCGAUGAGGUACGUUUAACUGGUUUUAACCUGUGGGACAGAGUCCUAACUAAUAAAGAAGUACUCGACAACGCCAGGUCGUGCCAAGAAGUUUUGGGUCAUCCUGUGGCACAAUGGAAUGAUUUCUACAACGCAGCUCAAACUAACGCUAAAGAGCAUAUUGUUGAGCCAUCAGAAUGCAACGUGGAUGGUUAAUUUGUAUUGACUACCGAAUUAAAGUAAUUUGCAAUCUAUUGAAAUUUUGCUUGCUUAUUCUUUUUCUGGUUGCAAUAAACGUCCAAACAUUGUUUGUUCCAUUUUGCCACCUCCUCCUUCUUUUUAAAACUUUCGCCUAGGAAAUUAUUAUCAAAAUUUUUUCCUCUAAUCGUUGACCCCAAACGAAUCACAUCUACAGUUCAUGCAAAACAAGCCAGUUAGUAUGUGUAAUGAAAUGGUGACUAAAGAGAUGAGGGGACUUAUCCUACCCGUGUCUAGGGGUUUCAGUAUAAGUCUGUGACCGGGAGUCUACACCUCUUACCGUCGUCUGUUUAGCUUACGAGCAGGGACUCGUGUGGUUAUUACCUUACGGUCCCUCUACGAAGCAUGGCCGCCGGCAGUCGCUUAUGGAAAAGUUAUUGGAAACCCGACGUGUCUAUUCUUGUUUUGCGAGGGAGGUUACAUAUCCCUUAAUUUUACGAGCUCGUCAUUGGACACCCUAUUGAAUCUAAUAGGGUGAGUGGGGUUUUUGUCUAUUUCAUAUGGGGAAGUUUCAGUACCCCAGUCACUUAAAAACUUAACAUAAGUUUCAAGAAUCGCUUUUAGAAGGCCCUUCACAAUUUGACUUGAUUUCUAUGAAGUGUUUCAAAAUUGAGUCAAUUGUCAAAUCCGUUCUGCACAUUUGGUCAUUUUCUCGAAGUUAAAGGUAUAAAUAUCUUAAAUUUCUACAGUAGUUUAAUGUUUUAUGUAGCGUUUCCUAAUGCAGCGACUUCUUCUGACAAACUUAGAAACCUGUACGCUAUUUGACACUUUCAAUAAAUAUCCAUAAUUUUACCAAGAACUUUUUUUCUAAUUCAGGCUGAUGUUACUUGAUUGUUGUCUCCUUAGAAUGGUAUAAUUUGUUCUUGUCCAGUAAUACACUCUUAUAAGACCAUUGGAGUUUGUUUUCGUUACUAUUGGCAACUUUGUUCUGAAGCGUUAAUGUUUUUGUUUACUUUGAACUACGUGAUGACGGAUAUUUUCUUUCUAUGGGACCAGUAAAUGAUUUUGAUAUGUUAGACCAGCACUGCCAAAAAUUGAAUUGUGAAAGCAGCACUCUGUUACAAAAUAUGUAACAUUAUGAGCACGGUAAUAUUAAUUAAUUGGAACUGAAUUUCUUGCCCCGGUAUAAACCAAACAGAUCACCUAGUUUAAAUGCACAAUCGGUAGAAAUGCGAGGGAGCUUUACGUGGGAAAAUUAAACAAAUACUAAUCUUGAUCACUCGGAUCUCCUUGUGGUCUGUUUAGUAGUUCGAAUUAAUAUUCUACACUGUCGAUCCCCACUCUCUGGUGAUGGAAAUGCCACCUAAAAUCAUCAAAUGUUACGGGAAGAACGAAUCGUAAAGAGAAUGAAACAGCUAUCAUUUCACCUAAUAAAAAAACUAACAUAUUCCAAUAGAAAAGAAUCACUCUAUUUUGAUACAGUUUUAAAAAACUCUCUGUCGCUCCCUCUCCUGAUACUGAGAAGUCUAAAUGAGAUUUGUAAAUCAAUUCCAGGAAAACAGUGUUGUUUUUCUGUCUUUUUUUGACAAUAUAUCGUUGUUGUGUGACUGUUUCUUCGAUUUCCCUUUCUGUCUUUUAGCAAGACGCCGGUAAAGGUUAAUUAAAAUCUAGAGACAAAAAAAACCCCAUAUAACCCUGCUGAUAAAUAAAAUUUUUCGCUUCACAAAAUCUUACCCUAGUAAGUGUCGAAGGUUUUAGACCACCUUACGAAGACUGUUUACAUUUACAGGUCUGUCAAAUAACGUUACAUUCUGUGAUAAAUAACUCAUGAAUUCACCAAAGGCUUGCUUAUUUUACAGUCAGUGUUAAGCCAAAGCGCUGGGUAAGUUCGCUUCAUCAAGCAAAAGGUAAUAUAGCGAACGAAUGUGAAGAACCAAACUGCUGUCAAGCCCUGAUACAAGGCACUGUUCGAAAAUUGGAAAAAAAAUUUUUGGCCAGUUUAAAGGCACUUUUUUUCAAUUAGGGCAGAGGCAACCGUUGAAAAGAAAACUGUAAAUUGGGCUCGAACAAAGCUUACCAUGAUUGUUUACUACAACAAACUUGUGAAGCGAGCCUUACUUGUUAUUGCCAAUUGAACCGCUAAUAAUAAUCAACUCGUAAUAACUUUUUAAAAUUGACAAAAGUACAAGACAGUUUCAAAGAUCACAAAAGCCCUCAUAUAAAUAAUAAUCUUUGAUUUGAACAUUUACGGACUUAGCUGCAUUUGUUCAUGUUCACGUUACCUUUUUGGUGGACACCUCCCUCUAAAGCUUAUGACCAGGUUCGAGGUAAGAAGCCAGAUUGUCAUUUUUUGUUUAUUUCUCUCACAGAACAAUGGGAAAUCUCUACCUGGUCAUCGCACUUUUUCUAGUCCUUCCAGAUCCGGCAUGUAAGUGUGAUUAUUUUAUAUCAGUACCGUGUUCUUACUCCAACAGCUUCCUCUUUUCUUAUCGCCUCGAGUGCGAGCGUCUCAUAACGGAAUAAUGAAAGGCAAAGUCGGCCCUAGCGGAGUAUCUUUCGCAGGACAGAGGUGCCAGAAAGAGAAUUACCGAAUACGCGCCUCUAACAAUAGAAAAAGAGUGAGAAGUACUGCCUACCACGUAUUCAAGGGAUCUAAUGGUCGAGCAAAUUGCUCAAAUGAGAAGGGAGUGAAAUGUGCUCCCCCAGCUAAUGUGUUACUUUGUUCUCUCCUAUGUGAUAACAAUAUAGCUCAGGGAUGCAGUGUUUAACUUUAGGCAUAUGAGAGUGAGUUUAAUUUCUAUCGAAGAAAAGCAGAAAGAGUACAUUCUAGUCAGAGUUGGUGUUAGUAAAGGUUUGUAUUCCCCUUAAACUACAGGCCCUAUUUACAGUAAAAUAGUUCUGAAAGCUUGGGUCUCCAUAAAAUAUCUUCAGAGUUAGAAUAUAGUAACCAAUACUACUUUCUUUCUAGAGUGACGUUAAAUGAUUUUCAGCUCACAUAAAAUGUAACUUACCUUUUCGAAUGAAAGAAAACGAGAGUUUCUGGGUAAACAAGCAUUCAGUUUAUCAUUUUUUCUAGCUUUCAGUUCGUACGAAAAUCUACUAAUUAUUAGUAGUGUUCCAUACUUGAGAAGAAAUACGUGCGAUCGAACACGUGAGUAAAACACUUUGCUUAUUUCUUCACUUUAGUAAGUAGACGAAUUAUGUCUUACUCCGUAUAUCAUCAAUUUACCCUAUACUUUACUUACUUCCAACAUAAAUUGACCAACAUUCAUCUAACAUUUGUUUUGAAUGUUGGUUAUAGAUUACCCAGCAUUUUUUCGGGAUAAAAUGAUAAAAUGUAUAGAAGGAAAUAAGUUGAUUCCUUCCAAAUUUUAUUUCAGAGCUAGCGGUAUUGCUUAGAAAUUAUUGCCACCCUCAUUUUAUUACGUGCUUGGCACUAGUUCUUCUAAUGUCAACAUGGAUAGCCAAGUGUCGACAAAUACACCGCUUCACUGUGCAAUUCACUGAACGGUGCAGUGUACAACCCGCCAGGCACGCAGUGAACUUAUGACUUUCGUAUUCUUGUGCAAUCAUCUUUGGAAAAAAAUGUGCUUUAUUUUUCAUAAAAGGAUUUGUACUAAUUUACAUUUUAAUCCUUCGGACACUAACACCUGAUCAAUAUCAUUUUGUUUUUAUAUCUUUUUAGCGAGGGAGCUUUUUGAUAUCUUAAUUAAGCCAACAUUGGCCAUAAACUCAUUUUCUGUGGAGGACAUUCCAGACAUAUCAGAAAUGACCAUCUGUUUGUGGCUUAAGAUUGGAGCGGGAUGGAGCAGCAGUUCAAACAAAAGAAUGUACCUUGUCUCCUAUGACGUGGAUGCUCCGAAUACGUUAAAAACAAACAGCUUCUUUCUAGGCCUCGACGACAGCAAACAUCUAGUCUUUGGAAUUGGAACUGAGGCACAGCCGUGGUAAGUAAUAAAUAAGCUGAUAUCGUUAUCAGGCUGGACAACGCUUAAUUACAGAAUGCACAACAGCGGUGACAGAUGAUUUCAGACGAUAGAUGCAAAGUUUCAAACUUCACGGGGUUAUACCGAUGGGAAUAGUCAUAAAAUUGCUAACACUAUUCACCAGUAGUGACAUACACUUUACAGAUAGGACUUUAAGCCAAAGGUUACAAAACUGUGCUCUGUUGUUUUUUCCAAUGCUUAAUCACAUUUAGCACGCUUAUUUGCACGAGUGGUUUUCAAAGCCUAACAUUCAUGUUUGUAUAGUACAGAUGCAUUAUGUGGUUUGCAUCAUCGUGGGGCUAACAUUAUUAGGGACCUACAUGGAUUGCAAACAUCUCACGUGAUACAAAAUGUAAUUAAAUAAGUUAUCUGACUCUCUGUUCCUUAGUACUUUCGACGCUACUAAUCUGAUGGAUGACCAAUGGCAUCAUAUCUGCAUCUUAUGGGACGGCGCCGCAGAUUCAGGAUACACAAGUUACUACAGGGACGGAGCUGAAGUCAAAUUUCAACCCUGUUCUGUCGGCACAAGGAACGCUGGAGGGGCGCUUCAAAUUGGAGGAGGAGGAAGAACAGAAAAUGUUGGCAUAACAGGCUUUAAUCUGUGGAAUAGAAUACUCACUGAAUCAGAGAUUGUUGAGGAAGCUAAUACCUGUGACGGAGGCAUGGGUGGUCCCACUGUGAAGUGGAGGGAGUUCUACAAGAAGUCACUGAGAAGGAAUUUUAUAAGAGAGUUGUCUCAAUGUGUAGUUUCUGGAGGUAAAUAUCUCAGCGCAUUUAAACACAUAAAUUUAGCUUUGACUAAAAGUUCUUAGCAAUUAAAAAAUAAUGGGUACUCCCACUCAACAAGACUUCGUAGGACACUUUACACUCAGAGCAGCUCCCAUCUGGGAGUAUCAAUAAGUAAUGGCCACAAGGACACUUCUUCUUUCCGAUUGACUAGCUUCCUUCUUCAACAUUACAGAAAAUGGGCUAAUAUCUGUAGUAAUGGGCAAGAAGGCUCCUUGGACUAAUAGGAUUGAUAACUAUUUUACUUACAGCUAUUGAUGGGGGCUACACUGGCUGGUCAGCAGUUUCUCAGUGCAGUGUCACAUGUGGUGGAGGAAUCAAGGCUCUUGCCAGGACCUGCAACAAUCCCCCGCCAGCCAGGGGUGGGAAGGACUGUAAACACCUUGGGGCAGCCAGGAAUACACAAGAGUGCAAUACACAACCGUGCCGUACGUUCGAAUUAUUAUAG